GCCAAGACUACUUCUACAGCAAUGGAAAUCAUUAUGUCGGUUUUACACAAGGGCAGAAUGUAAGGCCGACGCAUAUCAACUACUUCCCAACGAGCGCUGCGUUUCGUGGGACACCUCCGCCUAGUUAUCAGCAACAGGAUGAAUACGUGCCAUCGCAGCCCUCUCCGUACCAGAUUCCACCUCAAUACGAUCCGUAUUCCAGGACGCAGACGGCUUUCCAAACGAACCAACACCUCCCGCAGCCGUUCCAUCCUCAAACCAGGCGAUUUCCUUUCGAAAGCCCCCAGCUCGACUUGCAGAGCUUCCAAGACUUUGAACCUGACAAGAUUAAAACCACAGCCAACUAUUUUAACGUGAGGCAUCCCCAAGGCAUCGUCGACCAGCUGGAUUCAAACAGGUGGAGAAACUCGCCGAAGAGAAAACCAUACGAAGAAACUACUUUAAACCCUAUCUCCAGUACAGUCGGGUAUUUCCAAGCUGUGCAGGAUCGUAAUCCUUUAAGGGACCAACAUGUAGAACCGGUAAGGACACCUUCUAGAGAAUCGAAUAGGAACGUGGAAUAUUCGAAAAUUACUAGGGGUAGCACACGUUAUAAAAACGUUAGAGGAGAAGAUACGACUACAAGACCGAGAACGCGAAAACCAGAGAUCAAGAGGAUCGUAACGACGACUACGACUACGACAACAACACCAGAACCCAUCGAUCCCACUAACGAAGAUUACGAACUCGAAUACAUUCUUUCGGAAGAGCCUGGGGACACCGAAGAUACAUUCGAAGAUUCUGCUUCACCCAUUAUAAAACCUAAUUUCAAAUUGAAUGCGACUAAAUUUGACCCGAGUAGAAUUAAAUACGAGGAUGUGAGCGCUUUCUUGCCUCCUGGAUACAAAGAAAAAUUCAAUUUAAAAACUUUUGAAGUUUCACCAAUUGUUACAACAAGAGCUCCUACGACUAGUCGUCCUGUGAGCAUCCAAACGACAAGCAGACCACCACCUACAACAACUACCACCUCGACUCCUCCGCCGACUACAACAACCACCACGACUCCUCCGCCGACUACAACGCCUACAACAACAACAACCACUACAACUACGACCACAACACCGACUCCACCGCCUACAACUACUCCAAAAGCGACAACUCUGGUACCUUCGUCUACAACCCAAUCUUCGUCUGACGAACAAGAGACACCUACUGAAUCGUGGGUCAUUGUAGCAUCUGUGCAGACUUCAAGGAGCGUGUCUGGAGCUCGCUUUUUGCCGGGCCAUAUAAACCAAGAAGAAGUUCCGAAAAUCUUAACAUCCAAUGGAACUGUAGAAAAGGAACUUCCAAAUGUUGUCAAUGAGGAAAAAACAGAAGAAACUGUUAAAGAACCAUCUGUGAAGCCAUCCACAGAAAGCAUAAUCGAUAAAUUGGAUAGAGUCCAGAGCGAAUUGUCUGCUGGAAUACUGAGCGGACUCAGACCUGGAGAUUCUAAUUUAGAAUUGCCUGAUAUGCCAGAAAAUAAAACGGUAAUGACUAUUAUUUCAACAUUGCCGCCGCUUACAGAAACCACCUCAAAAGCACCUACUAGCACUACGACUUCGAAGCCUUCGACAACGACAACCACGAAAGCGCCACGACGAUAUAUCCCUGCUGCAAAGAGGACAACGAUAAAACCUAAAAAGUCAUUGCUUGAAAAUAUUCACUUUGACAAUCUGAGCGGGCUCCUCCCUCCUGGAUUCAAGGUCCGAGAUUCUCCAAAAGAGUCAAAUCGGGAAAGUUCUGCCAGAAGUGCUGGACCGACAUAUAAAAAUCGUGUAAAUAAUAAAGACGAAUCGAAAGAGUCAAAGAGCCCCUUGGAAAGCGCGUUGGGAAAAAUUACUUUUGAUGAUGUAUCAUCCCUUCUUCCUCCCGGUUACUCAACUGAAAACAAAAAUACCACUUCAAAUGCAAAGACAAAGUCAAUACCGCCUAGCCUUCUUCCAGCAGGGUAUAAGCCACCAAAAGACACCACACCAGUGCCUGUUAUUGUGGAUGUUCCUGCUAAUCUACUCCCACCGGGAUUUAAAUUAGACAAUGUAGAAAAAGAGGAAUCUAAAAAAGAUGACCUGUUGGCCUCCAUACUGAAGAAGGCAGAAGUUAAAGAUGCGUCACUUCUGCCUCCUGGAUAUAAAGUGAACUCAACCGUACAGAACAAAGAAAUUUCGUCAACAACUGAAAGUGUGAAAGUUGUCUUUCCCACAAGACCAGGAGGAAGGAAACCACCUCCAUCAAGAACCAAAUCUGCUGGUGGUUUAUCACCCACUCUACCUAAAAUUCAAAAAGGAUGGCCAGUGAGGGCUUCAACUGAAUUCACGGGUUGGCCAACACCUUCAACUACACCAAUCUCAAUUGAAAAGAUCCUGGAAGAAGCAAGAAAGAACAGUGCCAAGAUACAAGCGGCUGAAGUACUGAGAACAUCAACUGAAGCUGAAGAGAUUACAACAACAACUACUUCUACAACAACAACAACUACAACACCUAAACCGACAACACCUGGAAUAUGUGAAAAAGAUUGUGACAUGGCUGCCACUGUAAGGUUAGUUGGAGGUGCUAAAUGGAUGCCAGAACUUCUAGAUCACAACACUAAAGAAUGGCAAGACCUUGCAAAUGAAGUUGAGACCCAGCUUGAAGCUGUGUACAGCAGUUCUGACUCCCUAAGCAAAUGGUACAAAAAAAUAACAAUCGAUGCUUUUAGUGAGGGUAGUGUCCUUGUUGACUAUUUUGUUGAAUUGACUGACCUGGGGAGAACAGUUAACACAGCUGACAUGAAACGCCUUUUCCAUGAAAGUCUUGCAAAAUACACUUCCAAUCAAGCUGCCCUUGGUGAAAAAGAAAGUAAAACAUCAAACACAACUGAAUAUAAACUUGGAAAAUUUACUAUCGAUCCUAAUUACACUGAUUUUAUUGUUUUACAAAGGCAAGUAACACCAACAGUUGGAUAUGCUGAAGAAGAAGAGCUGUUACCACAAUGGGCGAUUGCUGUUAUAGUCAUCGGGCUUGCAUCUUUAUUGUUUGUCAUUAUUUUUGGAGUAACUGUGCUUGUUAAUCGACACAAAUCGGCAAAGAAGAAACAGCCAACUGCUCUUACCGAAGAUAUGCUUCAUGAAUUGAACAAAAACCACAUGGGUGGUCUUGAUAAUUUUGGUGCAGAUGACCUUUACAACAUGGAAGAUGUUUGGAAUGACAAACCAAUAAAAAAGAGAUCGGCUGGAUCUAUCCAGGAAAACAGCAUGGCUAAUCUGUAUGACUCUUGGAGAUCAGAGUGGAAUGGAUAUUACUACAACGCUUACUACGGUGGAAAUGGAGGCUCCAGCGCUUCUGGCUACGGAGGAAGGAGGAGAUCUGAUUAUGAUACAAACUUUUAAAGGAUUUUAGUUAAAAUGUUGUAAAUAUCUUACAUAAGUGUUUUAAAAAUGUCUUUAGAAUCAAUUAUUGGAAAAUGUUGGUUGUUCACUAUUGAAACUAUGCUUGAAGCCAAA